UUCAGAUCACUGAUUCAACGUUUUGCAUUUCAUUUUUUUUAUUUAUUUUGUGUAAUUUUGAUUUUAUGCUCAAUUCAGAUCUCGAACAAGAGCUUGAAUGCUUCAUCUUCAUCGGUUUCUGAAGAAUCUGUGGAUUUUUCGCCGUUUUCUGAGCUCACGGAGGAAAAUCUCACUGAAGAUGCUACGGCUUUCUUGUUAGAAGAACCUGCCUCUGUAACUUUGCUUCAGCCUGAAAAGAUCAUUUGUACAACCGAUGCGUGUGAGUAUGAAAUGAUCAAGUUCACCAGUGUGGAGGAUAUUAUGAAUUUUCUACUACAAUUUAAAGCUAAUUUGAUCGUCACUUCGGACAAUGCUGAUCUGCAGUAUAAGAAGCUUAGGGAUGAGAUAAUUGAGUAUGUUUUACAGGAACUCAAUCACAAUGUGCAGCCUGAUUUGAUCGUCACUUCGGACAAUGCUGAUCUGAAGUAUAAGAAGCUUAGGGAUGAGAUAAUUGAGUAUGUUUUAGAGGAACUCAAUCACAAUGUGCAGCCUGAUUUGAUCGUCACUUCGGACAAUGCUGAUCUGCAGUAUAAGAAGCUUAGGGAUGAGAUAAUUGAGUAUGUUUUACAGGAACUCAAUCACAAUGUGCAGCCUGAGUAUGUUUCGCAGAAAAAAGCGUUUCUGUUUCUCUGUGUCAUCUUUUGGUUUAUUGUAGUGUUAGCUGUGCUUUUCUUCACUCCUGAUGUUGAUCGUGGACUAGUUCCAACUUGAACCAUUCCACUGAAGCUGAUUUGGUAUUCUUCCAUUUGCAAAUGAUACAAUAUUGGUUCACAGACUUGAGGUCAAUUGAAUUGUUCUCAAUUUGUAUUAGUGUUUUUAUGGAAGGUUUUAUACAUGUAUUGAUAUACUUGGAAAAUACAAUGUGCCUUGUAUGGGUAUCAAAUGUAUAGGUUCUAUAGGCCUGAAACACAAUUCACCUCGCCCUGUAAAUGAUCAUUUUAAUUUGGUAUUCCACUGAAGCUGAUUUGGUAU